AUGCGCCAUGACGUUAAGCGCGCCAGUCCAACAAGAACACACCGCUUCAUCCUUAGUUUGCGUGAUGCUGGAAAGCUGGUUCGGGACUAUACCCAGAACAUCGACUGCCUUGAAGAGAAGGUUGGCCUGUCUACCGAUUUGCGAAAGGGUCCUGGAAGUCUAUCUCGGUUCUGCAGGAAAUACCAGUCAAGAGAUGUCCGAGGCCACCACCGAGUCGACUACGAGCCACGACUCCAAGAGACUAACAGAGGCAUCGAAUGUGUUCUCCUCCAUGGAUCUCUCCGCCGUUUGCGAUGCUCCAACUGUUUUAUCACAUGUUGCUGGGACGAGUGUGGCCGAGAAGCCAAAACCCUGGCAGGACAGGAACUUCCGUGCCCCGGCUGUGCCGAGAUAUCCGAAGCCAGAACGGCAGCCGGGAAACGCGCAACCGCAAUCGGAAAACUUCGACCGGAUAUCGUGCUUUACACCGCUACGUCGCAAGCUCCACCUCCGGCACCGUCCAUCAAAUCCCGAGCCGAGCCAAAAGCGAUCGAGUCCAUAUCAGAGCAACCGACUCCUGUCCUUCCCACGUCCCAGAGACUCUGGAACGCCGCGUACAACAGCCUCGCGGAGGGCAAGGAUACCACAAAGCUUGUCGAGUCGUACAUGGAAACCCUGGACAAAGUUCUUGGGGAGAGGACUGGUGAACCCACCGUCGACGUUUCCACAACACUGAAAGACCCGAGCCAGCGGCAGGCGCACAUGAGAAAGCUGGUAGAGGAAGGCCAAGCAAAAAUUUCCAGGCUGUCGAAUAUUACGCAGGGAGUCGGUGAUGCCGUCCAAUUCGUUCUCUCAGCCAAGGCCAUGGUCGACUUGGCGAUCCAGAAUAUACCCCAAGCAGCGCUGCCGUGGGCUGGUGUCUGCAUUGGACUGCAGAUCCUGCUGAAUCCUGCUAAAGCAAUAGAGUCCAACCUGGCGGGCAUCGUGCAUGUUAUCUCCCGGAUGGACUGGUAUUGCGCCUUGACCGAACAUAUCCUAAGCCACAACAACAUUGUGGUAGGGAAGGAGAGCUUCAAGUCUGUCCAGCUUCAGUUGGAAAACAGGAUCGUUGAGCUCUACAAGGCUCUCCUUCUGUAUCAGAUGAAGAGCGUUUGCUCUUUCUACCGGCAUCAAACCUGGAUCGCUCUCCGCGGCCUUGUGAAGGUCGACGACUGGGAUGCCUAUCUGAAGAGCGUCACAGAUACCGAGGCAACUCUUCAGACUGAUUUGAAUCAGUUCAACAGUCAGCAUACGAAGAGCCUCCUAGGGAAGCUUGUCGAGAAAGGGGAAGAAAGGAAAGCGCUAAUUGGAGAUAUUCAUCAAGCUCUUCAAAGCAGCAUCGCUAUGCAAGAGAAGACCCACAAAGCUGUCCAGGAUGGCAACACUCUGCGCAAGGAGAUUCACCGAGAUGAGAAGGACACGCAAUGCCUCCGAGACCUCCGCCUGACCGACCCGCGCGACGACAAGCAGCGCAUCCAAAACACGAAAGGUGGCCUGUUACGAGACGCGUAUCACUGGGUCCUUAACAACUCUGAAUUCCAACAAUGGUGCAAAAGCCUGGACAGCAACCUCCUUUGGGUCAAGGGCGAUCCCGGCAAGGGCAAGACAAUGUUACUCUGCGGCAUUAUCGACGAGCUCCAGAGAUUGACUUUGGGAACAGGCCCUCUAUCAUUCUUUUUCUGCCAGGCCACCGACGAGCGGAUCAACAAUGCCUCCGCCAUCCUACGCGGCCUCAUCUACAUGCUCCUCGACCAGCAGCCAUCCCUUGUCCCUCAUGUGCGGAGAAAGUACAAGCAUGCAGGAAAAGCACUCUUCGAAGAUGCGAAUCGAUGGGUUGCUUUAUCCGAGAUCUUCAAAAACAUUCUGCAAGACCCAAGCCUGGAGGGCGCCUACCUGGUCAUCGAUGCGCUCGACGAAUGCAUAAGCGGCCGGCGAGAACUUCUCGAAUUUAUCGUCGAGAUGACAUCUACGGUUCCUCACGUCAAGUGGAUCGUCUCCAGUCGCAACUGGCCAGAUAUUGAGAAGAUUCUUAAUGCAGCGACACAGAAAGUACGACUGUGUCUGGAGUUGAACGAAGCAUCCGUCUCCGAGGCCGUUACUGCAUACGUCAGGGUCAAGGUAGAUCGGUUGGCGAAGCGAAAUAAAUACCACCCCGAUACGAAAGAUGAAGUCCAGAAAUAUCUGUCACAAAAUGCACAUGGCACAUUUCUUUGGGUAGCCUUGGUCUGUGACAAACUUGCCGACAUCUCAGGAUGGGACGCUGAAUAUGAGAUGAAGUUGUGUCCGCCCGGACUCGAUGCCCUCUACAGGCGAAUGAUCGACCAGAUUUGGGCCAGGCCACCAAGAAACUCCCAGCGCUGCAAGGAUAUAUUGGCUGUCGUCUCGGCCGUUCUCAGGCCAAUUACAUUGGAUGAACUGCCAUCUCUUGUGGAGAUGGACCCUCGAUAUUCUAGCAGUGACAAAGCUCUGGUGGAAAUCGUAGGGGAAUGCGGUUCUUUUCUUACUCUCCACGAACGUGUUAUCUCGUUCGUCCACCAAUCUGCCAAGGACUUCUUGUUCCAGAAGGCGUCUCAAGAGAUCUUCCCUUUAGAAUUGCAAGAUGUACACCACUCCAUCUUCUCGCGGUCGCUGCGAGUCCUGAACAAAUCGUUGCGCCGCGACAUUUACAGCCUUGGCGCUCCUGGAUCUUUAAUUGUUGACCCCAAACUAUUCGACCCAGACCCGCUGGCUGCAGUACGGUAUGCUUGUGUCUACUGGAUUGAUCAUCUCUACGAUUGGCAGUCACGCAAGAAUACCAAUCACCAAAAUGUGUUCCAGGAUGGCGGUGUCAUCGAUGACUUUCUGAGGCAGCACUAUCUCCACUGGCUCGAAGCUCUCGCACUUUGCAGGAGCAUGUCGCAGGGAGUAUUGUCAAUGGCAAAGCUCGAGAGCAUUCUUCAGGUCGCAAAAGAACGUUGCAUCACAAUUACCAAGGCUGGUUUAUGACAUGCGCCGAUUUGUUCAAUACUUCAGCCCUGCCAGAAGCAUGACACGAAAUCUGUACAAGAGGGAAAUGAAGUGGAUUACUGC